UGUUUCCGUUUCCGCCCUGAAGGCACGUGAAGGUCGGUGGGUUGUUGCGGCUGGCUGUUUCGCGUUCGUGAGCGAGCCAAGUCGGCAUGGAUUCCUCAUCGUCCGUGGCGGGGCUGGCUUCCGUGGACCCGCAGCUGCAGCACUUCAUCGAGGUGGAAACCCAGAAGCAGCGGUUCCAGCAGUUGGUGCACCAAAUGACUGAACUGUGCUGGGAAAAGUGCAUGGACAAGCCUGGGCCCAAGUUGGACAGUCGAGCCGAAACCUGUUUCGUGAACUGCGUGGAGAGAUUCAUCGACACGAGCCAAUUCAUCCUGAACCGACUGGAGCAGACGCAGAAGUCCAGGCCAGCCUUCUCCGAAAGCUUGUCCGAAUGAUGUCAGCACAACUCUCUGUUCCAUGUUUAAAAGAACUUUAUAGUUCAAGAAAAAACUGUGAUGGGAUGGUUGUGAAAGAAAAGGCUUUGGGGAGAUGACUUACAUCUUUUAUCCCAGCUUUUGGAAAGUUGUCAUCUAAAUGAGCAAAGAAGAGUUUUGUGAGGUUGCGGGUUGUGUUUUGUUGUUUUGAAAUGCCGGUUUUGUGAAAAUUUUGGACAUUUGAAUGGAAGACUACUCAAACUGUACACAGGGCUAUGUUGUUAUCGUUUCAUUGGCUUCUUUGUAGGCAUUCAAACUGGGACCAUAUAGGUAGACUCUCUCAUCUAUAUGUGAUAAUUCUAAACCUGUGGGAGGGUAGGGUUGAGAUAAUGAAUCUCUGGAUCUAGCAACAGGAGGGGAGCAGCCAUUUGGUAUUUCAGUUUCAGGCCUCAUCCAUUUUGUGACUUAAUGAGGCUGAGCAGAUCUGUAAUACAGUGCCCAGAUUAUACACCUCACUACCAAUGGUAUCCAUCUUCCUCCUUUACUGUGACUUAUUUUAAAUACCUAUAUACAAUAGGUCCCAGUAGACAAUGCUGAGAGGCUAGAGGCCUUUGGAUACAGAGCAACCUAUCUUAAUUUAUCUAGUGAAUAUAACUUUUGCCUCUCUCUUGACAGUCUCAAAAUGAGAAUAAUUUACCCUGAGUUUCAGGGUUUUAAGUGACUGAAAGAUGUGCCUGCAUUAGUUGUAAAGGUUUAAACCAGCCACCACCCCAGCUAGCCAUUGUUUCAGGUAGAGGGGCAUACUUAAUGUAUUGAUUCAUUGUUCCAUUUACUGCAAGUCUUCUGGUUACUGAAAUAAAAAUCUUUGCCUCAGGUUGA